AUGAAUCAUAAUAUUAGUAAUAAUAAUAAUAGUAAUGAUAAUAAUAGUAAUAAUAGUAGUAAUAAUAAUAGUAAUGAUAAUAAUCGUAAUGAUGACAACGAACAUAGUAUUAAUAAUAGUAGUAGUAAUGGUAAUAAUAGUAGUAAUAAUAAUAGUAAUAAUAGUAAUAGUAAUAAUAAUAGUAACCAUAUUAUUAAUAAUAAUAGUAAUAAUAAUAAUGGUAAUAACAGUAAUAGUAAUAAUAGUAAUAGUAAUAAUAAUGAUAAUAAUAAAGGUAACCAUUCAAUUAUGAUUAAUUAA